AUGUGGAGGGCUCCAUCAGGCCUUUAUCCACCCAGACCUCGCGGUGCUCGGCGCGGCUGGUCGGGUGCCAGACAACCUGGGAACAGACAAGGCUCAGCUGUCAAAUCCCCCGCGCCCCCAUACGGUCCUCUACUGUUGGAGAUUGACAAUACUGAACUCGAAAGAUCCGAGGAAUGCCCCCAAAUUACAUCCUGCGAGUAUGUCAGUUCGUACACAUGGCUAGGCCGAGCCUCACCAUCGAUUCUCGUACCCGAAAUCACUCUGCAAGGCGAACCGCCUAUCUGGAGCCCCGCAACCGAAGGCCGCCAGCUAAAACCCGACCGGGGGGAGUACUUUCGCGAUCCUAAUGCGGCCAGGUUUCCUUCUUAUCCGUGGCAGGCUUCCGUUGAGGCAAUAAAAAGGCAGAGCCCAGACUACGAUAUCGCCAAUAUCGAUAUAGUAACCUGCUCCAGUAUUUUCGGAAACCUCGUCCGGUUCGCUCGAGGCGUGGACAAAGACUUCAGGUUCAUAAUGGAAGCGGCUGGAGAUAGCGUAUUCUUCAUCCGAAGGGAGAAUUCGCCCACAGAUCUGAUCGCAGAUGUCCGUGGUUACGGUCAUACAUUCCUUGAUGAAUAUACAAUGUGGGGACCGGGACUUGCUGGUUCCGAAUCACACCAGCGAAUAAUAAAGUAUACCUUUGGAGGCCUGGACCUUCUCCUUCGAUUUGAACCAGAUGGUUAUGUUCCGAAGCAGUCCCCAAGAAUGUCAUUCAGUAACCUACAGAUAAGCAGGGACACCUCGUCUGGGGAUGUAGACCCCGACAUUGGUGGCUUGAUAGCAAGGCUUCAAGAAGACCACGGUCCUGUUCCUGUUGAACACCCCGGAAAACUUACGAUUCAGGAAGGUGGGCGACGGGUCCACCAGCGCGAUAUCAUUGAUAUUAAAACUCGGUCAAUGGUUGACUUCAAGACAAAGGCCAUCAAAAAAGAAAUUGAUAUGACGGACCUAACCCCUCGUCUGUGGGUAUCCCAGAUCCCGACCCUUAUCGUGGCCUAUCACAACCGCGGUCUGUUUGAGGAGAUCCGAGUACAGGACAUGCGAGACGAAAUCAUUCGGUGGGAACGAGAAAAUGAAGAAAUGCUGAGACGGGUGGCUUGGCUGCUCCACGAGCUGGUACAUUAUGCAAAAAGUUCAAUGACUAGUCUGGAAGUCUAUCGGUCUGGUGCAGGCCCUAUCCAAAUACGACGAGUCACGGGUGAUAGUCCUAUGGCUCUAGCGCCGGAAACGAAAGCGAAGUUUACAGGAAGAGUUAAUCCGGACGUAUCCGACCACAGAUGCAUUUCAUCGCGUGACGAUAACUUUUCUAAUCGACAGCUUGUCUUCGAUAAUUCAGAUCUGGAGACCGAGUAUGAUGCGAGAGACUAG